GUUCUUUCUCUCCACACAACGGACAACAGUCACUCUCUCAUUCGUCUGCAGCCUGUAGUAACCCUCCUAGCUAGAUGUCGUUCUUCCAUCUCUUCAACCGAAAGGUGGAACCUGCAGCAAGUAGAUGAACCAGCCGGUUCAGCCUUCAGACCAGAGGGAGAGAGAAUCCAGUGCUUGUUGGCAUCAGUGUGCUGUAUAUGUGUAUAUGUGUGUGUGUCUGCCGAGAGAAGAGAGGACUGCCUUCCAGUGUGUGUGUGUCGAAGUGACAGUGUUUCUUUGCUUGAGCGGGAGAGUGAGUGUGCGAGUUUCUUGCUCUGAAUAGUAGGAGAACGGCAGCUCACUAGUGUGUGUUCAUGUGAAUGAAUGCAUGAGCGUGCGAAGGAGAGUGUGUUUUUCCACAGUGCGUGUGUGUGUCCUCCUCUCUGAGGAGUAGUCGGAGGGCAACUCUCUCCCCCUGGCGGGUGUGUGAGUAGAUGGCAGUAUGUGUGUGUUCUGCCCUGUCCUCCCUUCUCCUGCUCCUGAGCUGUGGUGUAGCGGGAGGAUACCCCUUCAGAGCCCCCAUAGACCUGGAUGUCACCCCCAGGAUCACUGUGACUACCAGCGGUCUGUUGGGCUGCAGACGUUUCCAGUCCUCAGUAGUGAACUACAGUACUCUGCUACUAGAGGAGGACAUGGGUCUUCUCUACGUGGGGGCCCGAGGGGCCGUGUUCGCUCUCAACGCCACAGACAUCUCAGACAGCACAGCUCGCACUAUUGAAUGGGAAGCCUCGGAGGAGCAGAAGCAGCAGUGUCUGAGCAAAGGGAAAGACGAUAAGACAGAGUGUUAUAACCACAUCAGGUUUCUCCAGAGAUUUAAUUCCACUCAUCUCUACAUGUGUGGGACUCACGCCUUCAAACCUCUUUGUGCGUACAUAGAUGAGGAGAGUUUUAAAGUGUCGUCUGAGUUUGAGGAGGGUAGAGAGAAGUGUCCGUAUGGACCUGCAACAGGCUACACUGGCCUCAUCGUGGACCAGCAGAUGUACACGGCGUCUCAGUAUGAGUUCCAGUGCUCUCCGGACAUCCGGCGUAACGACCCCUAUCCCAUGGUGAGGACAGAGGAGGCACCCACUCGCUGGUUUCAUGAGGCUGACUUUGUGGGCAGUGCCCUGGUGAGGGAGAGUGAGGGCAGUACUACCGGAGAUGACGAUAAAAUCUACUACUUCUUUACCGAGAAGAGCCAGGAGCAGACACCAUACUACAGCCACAUUAGAGUGCCACGGGUUGGACGAGUCUGUAAGGGAGAUAGAGGAGGUCUGUUGACCCUCCAGAAGAGGUGGACAUCAUUCCUAAAGGCCACACUGGUGUGUUCGCUGCCGGAAUACAACUUACACUUCAACGUGUUGAGGAGUAUUUACACGCUGUCGGGACACACACCUCACGACACACUCUUCUACGGUGUCUUCAGUCCCGAGUGGAAGAACGUGAAGAUAUCAGCAGUGUGCCGGUUCUCUCUGUCUGAGGUCCAACGGGUCUUUGACGGGCCCUAUAUGGAGAAUCAGGACUCUGGAGCCGAGGGGAGCGAGUACACUGGAAAGGUCCCUGACCCACGACCUGGAUCAUGUAUUACAGACCAGUUGAGAUCCAGAGGUAUAAACUCCUCCACCUCCCUGCCAGAUGACAUGUUGAACUUUGUGAGGAGACACCCUCUGAUGUCCCAGCAGGUCAUGUCUACAGAGCAGCGCCCCCUGUUGUUCAGGAGGACAACAGACUACACCCAGCUGGUGGCUUACAAGGUGGAGGGGAUGGACGGGCAGAACUACCAUAUACUCUUCAUGGGCACAGACGAUGGCUGGCUGCACAGAGCUGUAGAGGUCAAGGGUCAUCUACACAUUAUAGAGGAGCUACAGCUGUUUGACCAACCACAGCGUGUGGAUAGCCUGGUUAUUUCACAUACACAGAUGAGUGUGUAUGUAGGUUCUCCCUCUGGUGUGGUCCAGCUACCCCUCUCCACCUGCAAUAGGUACAAUUCCUGUUACGACUGUAUCUUCUCCAGGGACCCUUACUGUGGCUGGGAUGGACAGGACUGUUUGGAUAUCACAGCACAGACUGACAGGUCUAACCUGACCCAGGAUGUCCUGUAUGGGAACAGAGGAUGUGACAACGAGCCGGUCCAGCACCGGAGCCGGUCUGUAAUGGUGGGAGAUGACGUGCUGCUCCAGUGUGAAAUUAGCUCCAAUCUGGCAACCCCAGUGUGGACUCUGGACGGGUCAGAGCUGCAGGGCUAUGGCCUGGACUCUGGCUUCAGGGUGGGCACCGACGGCCUCCUGGUCAUCGAGUCCCAACCGGAGCAGAGCGGCGAGUACACCUGCCACGCCCUCGAGAACGGUGUCCGAGUUGCUGUGGUUAAGUACUCUGUGACGGUACGUCUAGAUAUGCCACAUCCCCCUCCCCCACCCAUCGACCAAUCCCAAGACCAUCCCUACUACCCUCCUCCUCCACCCCUCACCAAGCUCUUCCACCCCUCGCCCCCUCCUCUGAGAGGCCCCUGCCACCCUCUGCCCCGGCCCCUCUCCCCCCACCUCAGAGCUGCCACCCUCUGCCCCAGCCCCUCCCCCCCCCACCUCGGAGCUGCUCUCCCCCAGGAGCAUGGAGGCUAUGUACCUGUCCUUGAUCACCAUCCUAGGAGGUCUGUGUCUGGUUCUCACCGUGGUCCUCCUCUACCUGGGCUUCUGUCUGCGGGGCAGCCACAGGGGGAAGUACUCUCUCCGCGCUGCCGCCGCCGCCUCAGCCGCGUCUGCCAAUCACACGGACAGGAAGAGGAAACACAGGAAGCAGCAGCAGAAACGCCACAGUAGCUCCGCCCACCUGGAUCUCAACACCAUCUCCAGACACUGUAACGGUAACGGCGUCUCCCAAAAACCGGGGAACGGUGACACGCACAAAGGGGGCGUCUUCCAGAUCGUCCCGAGAGAGGGCCAGCCGUCCCCCAACAAGGAUCCCCCUCCCCCUGCCCCUCCUCUCCCCCCGCCCCCUCAGACCCCCCACACCCCCCUCAACCAAUCAGAGUGUGACUUGCAAGACUUCCCCAGCCCCAACGGCCUAUCGGCGACGUUACCCAGCGUCUUGCGGAGGAUGCACGGUAACAGAUACAUGUUGUUAAGACAGAGUGAGGCGGAGAGCAGCUCCCCUCUCUGCCGCUCCUUCACUGAGGAACUCAACACGAUUCUGGAGAAGAGGAAGCACACGCAGCUGCUGCCAAAACCGAACGAGAGCUCUCUGUAGUAGAGGGAACACAUCUCUGUGUCAGGGAGGUAGCUCCCCCUGGUGGGAGGACUGAACUGGACCCACUAAUAUUGUCCAUUUAGCAGACGCUUUUAUCCAAAGCAACGUACAUCAGUGAGUGGCCAUUGGUCUGGUUCUGGUUGAAGUAUCAACUGUGUUUCAAAAUAAAAUAUUUCUGCACACUAUUCGGCCCCCCUAUCGCUAUCCCCUGUUUGACACCCAAAGCCAUGGGUUACAGUGAGUACACACAUAAGAGAGACAGAGAGAACCUACCCCAGCUCAGCAGAGCUCAGCAGGCUAGACCUACCCCAGCUCCAGUCAAUACACCUCAGUCUGGAUCAAUAAACGAUGAGCCCUGGAAGGGGUGAUUCAAGGGACAGGCCUCAAAUCUCAGCCCCAGAUUAAGGCUCCUCGCUGGGCAGGACACGAGGGGCGGAGACCCUGGAAGUCUCAACACAGCCCAUGAUGACAAGGAAGAAGAGGAGGAAGAAGAAGAUGCUCACGGGAAUAUGCAUUCUUGUGAAGUGUGACAAUGAUUUGACUUGUGUUUUUAAAUGGAGGCAGCUGUCCAAAGGAGAGACCAGACGUGUUUUAAGAUGUUGUGCUCUACACCUUUGUAGCUGGUUUCAUAUUGGACAUUGAGGGCAAAAUGUGUUUUUAUUCUUAGAAGUUUGUAAAUUAUUAUGUGAAUAUUGAUUACAAUGGUAACACAAAAUGUAAUAACCAAAUGUGAGUAAUAUUAUUAACACAUAUCAACUCUUAACCCCAGACAGAGAGAGUAAUCCAAUGAAAAUACCCUUUGUACAUUAUUUUUGUGUAAUAGGAAAUUGGACAGUAUUAACCGUUUUAAUGAAAUGUAAAUGCCGUUUCCUUCAGACAUUCCCUGGUUAUUAUCUACUCAACUCAAUGGACACUACAAACACAUCAGGAAUAUAAGAGAUUCAACCCCAUCUGAGUAGGAGCCAAUGGAUUACCAGAAUCCAUACACUGCUGUCUCUCUCUCUCCCAUCCAACCCCAACCUAAUGGGUCUGAACUAUGGUUGGAAAAUAGGUCUGAGCUCUACCACGACAUCACAGCUCCACAGAGGCCACAGAGGACCAGACAUCAUGUACACCUGAGGCCUGAGAGAUGCUGUCUAGUUUGCUGUCUGCUUGAAACAGAUCUUGCUAACUUCAACUCCAGACAUUCUCAGAUAUGGUGUGAUGUCUGGUACCGUGACACUAAUAUCUUGCCCACCGGGAAUAGCUUCAAAAUGUCUGAAUAACUUUGAAUAGUCACUGUUUGGAAUCAAACACAGUUCCAGUACCAUUGGAAGACCAAUUAUAAUCCAGAGGGACUGAGGAAACAGUCUAUUCAUCCAUUCUACAACAAACAGCAUGUUCUAUCCCAUGUUAACCUGAGAACUGGAUACCUCAGGAAGUAAUAUAGGCCAGGGUACAGUACAGGUACUCUCUGUAACUGGUAUACUCCUGUGCGGUUCAUCACAAGAGCAAACUGGCGAAAGGGGCAUUUAAUGGUUCUGGUCUUCACAUCAAACAACUCUGCCCUCUCUGUAGUCCUCUCUGUAAGGAUGACAAACUAUGACAAAAUGGAUGCUUACUAAUCAUGAUCCCCAUCCUAACUGUUGCCAGGUUUGAAAAUGAAUGUAUUGUAAUUUUGUUCUAUGUUGCUAUUCUACUGUCAGUGUUGUUGUUUUGGUGCAAUUUGUAAGAAGCAUUGAUGUGGGUGUCUAGUCCAUUAGUGUUGCACUAGUAAUCUAAUAGCACGGUAGAACAACAGGGGUCUCCAACUCUGGUCCUGGAGACCUACGGGCGGUGCAGGAUUUCUUCCAACCCAGCACUACCACAGCUGAUCCAACUUAUAAUGGUCCAGAGUCAAACUGAAGACUGUGAUGAAUUGAGUGUGUUUAGUAGGUACGUUAGUGAUUGGUUGGAGCAAAACCCUGCACAUGCAGUCACUCUCUAGAGCCGGAGUUGUAGAACCUGUUGUUGAAGCAUGGUAUCUUCGUUAACAACAUGAUGACCAGAAUACACCACCACAACCAUAAUGUGACAGAUGAUAAGACUCUUCAGUCUGGCCCAUUCAUCUGGGUUGGCUUAGAUAAAGUUCCCCACAGCUCGUUAAGCAACUUCCACAGCAUUCAUCAUUCUGUCUUUCGUUCUCGCUCUCCCUAUUGCUCGCUCUGUCUCUAUCUCCGCCUCUCUCUCUCUCUGUAAUAUUAUGAAUAUUAAGUCCAAUGCAGACACACGAUGUCAUCCUGCUUUACUAACAGUAAAACACUGAGUAGCAGUUCACCAGUGAAGGCUGCUGAGGGGAGGACAGCUCAUAAUAAUGUCUGGAACAGAGCGAAUGGAAUGGCAUCAAACACAUGGAAACCACUACCAUUACCACAAGCCCGUCCUCUCCAAUUAAGGUGCCAGCAACCUCCUGUGCAGCUCACUGACUUCUGGUUCAUUUAAAUGUCAUUUAUCUGAGUUGAAAUUCUAAUAAACGAUGUGU